GGGAGUGGUACCGCGGAGGGCGGAGUGGGGCGUCUCGGGCAGGCUGUGGGCGGAGAGCGGUGCGCCCCCGCCGCUGCGGAGGUCGCGGCCCUUCGCUCGGCCGCAGCGUCCGGCAGAGGACGAUAGAACCCGGGUUCUCCGGAUCCGAGCCUAGCGCGGCGGCCAGCGUAGUCGUGGGAGCCGGCCUCUGCUUGUGGCAGUCUGCUGUCACCUUCUCGUCUGGCAAUGGGGAAUGGACUCUCGGACCAGACGCCGAUCCUCUCCAGCCUGCCCUCAUUCCAGAGUUUCCACAUUGUCAUCUUGGGACUGGACUCCGCUGGGAAGACGACUGUUCUCUACAGACUGCAGUUCAAUGAGUUCGUCAACACUGUCCCCACGAAAGGAUUUAACACGGAGAAAAUCAAAGUGACGCUGGGCAACUCGAAAACGGUCACUUUCCACUUCUGGGAUGUCGGCGGCCAGGAGAAGCUGAGGCCGCUGUGGAAGUCGUACACGAGGUGCACCGAUGGCAUUGUGUUUGUGGUGGACUCCGUCGAUGUUGAGAGAAUGGAGGAGGCUAAAACAGAACUUCAUAAGAUCACUAGGAUAUCCGAAAAUCAAGGAGUGCCUGUCCUUAUCAUUGCUAACAAGCAGGACUUGAGGAACUCUCUCUCCCUUUCUGAAAUCGAGAAGAUGUUAGCGAUGAGUGAGUUGAGUUCUUCAACACCCUGGCAUUUGCAGCCCACCUGUGCAAUCAUUGGAGAUGGACUCAAAGAGGGACUGGAGAAGCUACAUGAUAUGAUAAUUAAGCGAAGGAAAAUGCUGAGGCAACAGAAAAAGAAGAGAUGAGUUCUAUUUUGACAUUUCUAUUUUAGAGUAGUAACAUGGUCAAAAUUUGACAUGAGACAGCUUCCAAACCCAGGCCUACUUGUUUGGAUGCUUUUAAGCUUAGUUACAUUAAACAGUCAGUUGCACAGCCUCGCCGUGUGGAAGGCUGUGUAGUCAUGGAACUUUUGUUGGUUUGGGUUUACUUCUGUUUUGUGUUUUUUACACUAGUCUCUUCUGAGUUUUCUGGCUCUGCAAUAUUUCAGAAGCCCUAAUAGAUGAUGUAAUACUAUCAGGAAAUGAAUGGGUGGGUAGAUGUGACAUGGAUGUCCAAAUAGCCAAAUAAAAUGAGGGUUUUCUGCUUA